ACUAGCGGGUAUGGAAGAACAGACAAACAAAAAGGUGUAUACGGCAUUAUCCAAGUAUGUAGAAGCAACUGAAAGAUUUUCCGGGGAGGACUAAGCCGUACUAUACACGAAUAUACAUGUACAUGUACAAGCACCAAUCAGGAAUAAACGUAUCACCUUGUUCUGAGAACUUCAUGUGUAGGCGAUUAGACAAUAUAUAAGGGGAGGUUUAGAACCCAUGUAUCAGAUGAAGGUGCGGAGGACUAGGAAAAGAGUGGAGGGAGGAAGAAGUUUGUAGCAGACUCUCGUGUCUUUCUUGAUGAUCUGACGUAUAGUUCCAACAUCGUCAGCUAUUCGUAACGUACUCAUUGUAAGGGACGCCAUCGCCACAGCCUCACCCGUUACACUCUGAGUGAUGAAAACGCUUUCUAGAAUCAUUUUCCGACGUGUUCUCCUCCUUUCUCUCUCAUACCCCUAAUCGGAAACACCCCAUGUUUUUCUUAGGCCUAAAACUGCGUGACACCAAAUGAACUUGGCUCCUUGCCAUUUUCCGGCAGCCAAAUUCAGCCUGACACGCUUUGACAUUAGUUCCUCCUUAGCUGGCGGUCGUUCAGCCCUGUACUAGGAGCGCGUUAUCUGUUAUUAGUUUACUCAGCCCAUCAGUUUCAAGAUGGCGAAUGUCUUGCUGCUCGCUGCCUUCCUUCUGUCCAAUAGUUUUCCUACCCGAGCGCAGGACACCAGCAUAAUCAUCUCAACCACCAACACCGAGGCCCUCGAGAGGCAGAUCGCCGAGACCAGGGAGGAAACGGGCCGAUUACAGAAUCAAGUUGAUCGCCUGUCGUCGCUGGUGGAAACACUGCUGGUACAAGAGAAGAAAUGUGUCUCCAGGGUUGAUAGACAUUCUGCAGAAGUUUCAUCGGAGAAAGAUAGAAGUGCCCGAUCUCUUGUUCCGACGGGCCAAACAACCACCAACACUGAGGCCCCCAAGCGACGGACCAAGGAGGAAACGGGUCGGUUGAAUAAUCGUGGCCGCUCGAAAAAAGUGGACCGCCUGUCGUCGCUCGUGGAAACUCUGCUGUCCAGGGUGGACAGUUUGUCUGCUGAAUUGUCGGAGGAGAGAGUCAGGGGUGCACAGCUGGAACGGAAUCUGACACGGCGGAUACAAGAACUAGAAAUUCAGCGCUGCUGUGCGGAGCCGACCAUUGAAUCCCCGGCCCCUCCUGCAGACUGUGCUGCAUAUAAAUCCUCCGGGCUGACCAGCGGAGUCUACCCACUCGGCUCCCUCCCGUCCGGUGUGCAGGCCUACUGUGAUAUGGAGACAGCAGGAGGAGGCUGGACUGUAAUCCAGCGGCGGCUGGGCGGAUCGGUUCCCUUCAACCGGACUUGGGAGGAGUACAAACUGGGCUUUGGGAACAAGGACGGGGAGUAUUGGCUGGGGAACGAGAACAUCCACCUCCUGACCAAUCAGAAAGAGUACUCGCUGCGGAUUGAACUUCAGGAUUGGGAAGGGAACCAGACUUUCGCAGAGUAUAGCACAUUUAGGGUGUCCGAUGAGUCGGACCAGUACCGGCUGCACAUCUCCGGGUAUUCAGGCACCGCGGGAGACUCACUGGACAACAACGGGGGUAGGUUCUCCACUGUGGACAGGGACAAUGAUGUCAGCAACAUCGACUGUUCUCAGCUGUACGGUCAGGGCGGCUGGUGGUAUCGGAGCUGUGGCAACUCCUUCCUCAAUGGUCCCUACCUGGGCAACUGUGGGAACACCUGUCCGUUAUCACGGGGUGUGAUGUGGUACCACUGGAGAGGCGGGAGCUACUCUCUGAAGUCUGUGUCUAUGAAGAUCAGGGAGGAAACGGACCGCAUUAGAGUGGAUCGUCUGUCGUCGAAGGUGGACAGUUUGGGCUCCUCCCUCAAGUCUGUGUCCAUGAAGAUCAGGGAGGAAACGGACCGUGUCAAAGUGGAUCGUCUGUCGUCAGUGGUGGAAACCUUACAGAGUCAACAGUCCGAUCUCACGUCAAAGGUGGACCGUUUUGGUGAUAGGUUACGGGACCAAGAAACUCGUCUGCAGUCCCAGCUUUCUAUUCUGAAAGCUUUUCAUGCAGAGGCAGACUGUGCUGCAUAUAAAUCCUCCGGACAGACGACCAGCGGAGUGUACACACUCGGCUCCCUCCCGUCCGGUGUGCAGGCCUACUGUGACAUGGAUACAGCAGGAGGCGGGUGGACUGUGAUCCAGCGGCGGCAGGACGGGUCGGUUCCCUUCAACCGGACCUGGGAGGAGUACAAACUGGGCUUUGGGAACAAGAGCGGAGAGUACUGGCUAGGGAACGAGAACAUCCACCUCCUGACCAAUCAGAAGGACUAUGUGCUGCGAAUUGAUCUCCAGGAUUGGGAAGAGAAGCAAACAUUCGCAGAAUAUAGCACAUUUAGGGUGUCCGGUGAGUCGGACCAGUACCGGCUGCACAUUUCCGGGUAUUCAGGCAACGCGGGAGACUCCAUGACUGGCCGGCCCUCCAACAACGGACAGAGAUUCUCCACCGUGGACAGGGACAAUGAUGCCAGCAGCGGCAGUUGUUCUCAGCGGUACGGACAGGGCGGCUGGUGGUUUAACAAAUGCGGCUACUCCUACCUCAACGGCCGUUACCUGGGCAACUGUGGGAGCUCCUGUCCGCUCGUGCAAGGUGUGCUGUGGCACCACUGGAGAGGCGGGUAUUACUCCCUGAAGUCUGUGUCCAUGAAAAUCAGGCCAGCAUAAUGCCAUUUUGUGUACUAAAUCUGAUCACACACAGUUGUGCACAAAAUACUAAUAGUCUUUUUACGUUGUCUGUAAUAUACUGACAAGUAACAUCAUUUAUUGUACGGGGACUUUGUUUAGA